AUGAAUCUCUCCAUACGUCACAUCCUCCGAGCUCCACUAAACUCCUUCCCAACGCUCACAUCUCGCUACAAAACUUUUCCGAAUCUUUUACCAUCUAAUGCAGCAUACCAAGUACGCCGUUUACAGCUUCCCCCAGUCAAAGAUUCUUCGAGAGAAAAGUGCUCUUUGAAAGAAGAGGCCACUCUGGAAGAAAAUACCAUCUCAGGAGCACAUACCCGACCAAAGGAGAAAGCACCCCCAGAAUCCAUAUUAUCUCCUGUUGCGAACACCACUUCUCACUCUUCUCAACUACCAAAAUGGAUACCCUCCAGAAAAUUAGAACACUAUUCCAAUCUCUCUCAUUUCAUGUUACAGGAAUCACUUGCACCACUUCUGAAGGAAAAUGGUGGGAAAUGGGUUUUGACCUCUGAUGGGAUGGGGAUGAGGAGGAUUUUUAAGUUCAACGGGUUUAAGGAUACCUGGAACUUCAUGAACGCAAUAGCAGCAAAAUGCAAACAAGAAAAGCAUCACCCAGAAUGGGUUAACAUCUACAACAAAGUAUUCAUCCACUGGACCACACAUGAUCGCCCCGGUCUAAGUGCUAUCGAUAUCCUCAUGGCCGAAUUUUGCGACAGACAAGCUACGAUACACAAAGAGGUUGAAGAACAAGAAACCCAAGAAAUAUCCAACGACAUUGAAAUUAUCAAGAACGAGAAGUUGCUCAAUCAUGCUCGUGAGAUCGAAGACGAGAAUGCAUCCGAAAAUUCCAAGACCGCCAACGUGACUCAGGAAAAAGCACCCACUCCAGAGAACAAAGUUCAAGCAUCCCCAAAAGAAAAAUCCAAGUCCUCACAGCACUCCGAGGUUUACCGAAAAAGCAAAGAGAUGAAAGGGCUACAGGCAGAAGAAAAAGCCCUGCAAAGAACUAUCGACAUGAAGGACAUAGUCCGAAAAGCGCAAGAAAUGCGUCAAAGACGUGAAGCCCAUCAAGAAUUACUCCGACAACAUAAAGAGAAGAGGGAGAAGAGAGAAGAGCAAGAAAGGGCGGAGAAUGGCGGAUUUCUCUUAUCCAAGAUACCGGGCGGGGAAAAAUAG